AUGGCUACAAGUGAAACUGAGGAGCAUGUUACCUUGAAGCUUAUGGUAACCAAAGAAAGAAACAAAGUUCUCUUUGCCGAGGCAGGGAAGGACUUCGUGGAUGUUCUGUUUAGCUUCUUAACAUUGCCUUUAGGUACCAUUAUAAGACUUGUUAGUAAGGAGUCAAAUAUGCAGCCAAUUGAAGUUGGGUCACUGAGCUCACUCUAUCAAAGUGUGGAAAACCUUAAUAAGAAGUAUCUGUGCACAGAUACGUGCAAGGAAAUGCUACUGCGACCCAGAAACUCAAUGGAAGCUUAUUGCAAAGAUCUGAAACUAAACAUUGACGACACAGCCUACAGAUUUGUUCGCAUGAGUAAUGCCACUUUCAUGAUCACUGACGAUCUGAACAUUCUUCCAAUGUCGUUGGAGACAACAUUUAGUCUGUUCAAGAAUUCUGGAAUUGAAAACAUGUCUCAAGUGAAUGAAAUGACCGUGAAUGUCACCAAGAAACAGGUUGUGAAUAUUCUGAAGAGUUGUAUGCUCUCUGAGUCAAUUUUGACAGACUUGUUCUUAAAGAAGAAUUUGUUAUCAAAGAGAUUAGAACAGACUAGACCUUCUCUAUUUGAUCUUAAAAUAAAUGGUAGUAGUAAGCAAAUCAAUGUGAAGCUAUUUAAGAGAAAAUCUGAUGGCAACAUAGUGUUUGCAGAAGGCAAAGAAGAUUUUGCAGACUUUCUUUUUAGUUUCCUUACCUUUCCUUUGGUAGCAGUAGUCCAUUUGAUGAAAGGCUUUUCUUCCAUUGGAACCGUUGAUGCAUUGUACAAGAGCAUUGUUGAUUUAUUUGAAGAUUAUUGGACUACAGAGGAAGUGAAGGAUAAGCUUGUUUUUCCUGGCCUUGCACCACAGUUCAAAUUAAGCAACCAAUUACUGCCAAUUUAUGAAUCCCUUGCCCCAGAAAGUUUUUCUUACGUUAAAAAGCAAAGUUCCUGUAAAGUUAAUAACAUUUGGGAAACAUUUGGAAACCCGAAGAUAGUAGAUCCCAUUUCCGAAAAGGCAAGUGAAAAAGGAUUUACCAAGGGACUAAAUAUGUAUGUGGCAACAGAUGAUUUGGUUGUGAUGCCCAUGUCCUCAAAUUAUGUUGUAUCUUUGUUAAACAAAAUGGACAUUCCCCUUAGUGACUUGGAAGAGCAAGUUGUCAGCAUUGGCAUCAAGGCAUCAAAGAGGGGGUGA